AUGGCUAAUAACAGCGAUAGAUGGUACUUCACGAAAGAGCAAUUGGAGGCUACGCCCUCGAGGAAAUGCGGUUAUGAUAGCUUCAAAGAGCUGUCUUACAGACAGCAAACGGCCAACUUCAUCCAGGACAUGGGUCAGAGGCUCAAAGUAUCACAAUUAUGUAUCAACACAGCCAUUGUAUACAUGCAUCGAUUCUACGUGUUCCACUCCUUCACAAAUUUCCCCUGGCACCAGAUGGCGGCGGCAGCACUGUUUCUAGCCGCCAAAGUAGAAGAACAACCUAGGAAAUUAGAAUAUGUUAUUAGAGUGGCAAACAUGUGCAGAAAUAACAGAGAUACCAACAUAGACGUGAACUCGGAAAGGUAUAUAGCUCAAUCACAAGAUUUGGUAUUCAAUGAAAACGUUCUCCUACAAACUUUGGGUUUCGAUGUUGCAAUUGACCAUCCACACACCCACGUCGUAAGGUGUUGUCAUCUUGUUCGUGCCAGUAAAGAUUUAGCACAGAGUUCGUAUUUUUUGGCUAGUAACAGCUUGCAUUUGACCACAAUGUGCCUCCAAUAUAAACCGACUGUAGUAGCCUGCUUUUGCAUACAUUUAGCCUGUAAGUGGUCGAGUUGGGAGAUACCGUUGUCCACCGAGAGGAAAGAGUGGUUUCUGUAUGUGGACCCGACGGUAACUGCAGAACUGCUGCAACAACUCACUGCAGAAUUUCUUACGAUCUUCGAAAGUUGUCCCUCACGUUUGAAGGAAAAAAUUAUGUCUAUAGGCGAUAAUGGAAUGCAUACUGUUGCGGCUAUUACCAACUCACCUUUCGAUACAGAUCCUAAAAAAGUGCCCAGUUCAGACCAAAAAGAACAGCAUCCUCAUCGAACGCACGACGCUAAAGCAGGCGCCGAAAACGAUCCCCACAAACAUCGUUCUUCCAGACCCCACGAGUCAAGUAGCAGUAGCAGUAGCAGUAGUCAGCAACAGAAGGAACGAGAGUACCGUGAAAAGAAGGAACGAGAGAAACUAGCCCAACAGCACGGAAUGAAAGCCCUACCACCCGGUAGCAGCAAACAACCGAUACCUCACAGUCACCAUCGUCCUCCUGUCGAUCCUAAACUGAAGCAACCUCAUUCAAGACCGCCUUCGUCUCAUCCGCCACCGAACCGCGCGGAACCGCGAGACAUCCUAAGAGAAGCCGCCAGAGACUCUCCAUUCGGUAUAGCGACCAAAGACUAUAGCGCGUCACGUGAGCACCCGAACAAAAGUGAUAACAAAGACGUUCAGAAAAGCCAACGCGAGUAUCUCCUCAAGCCGAACGUGGCCGCGGAAACGAACACUUACGGUACGAAUUAUAAUGGUGAUAAACAGAAUCGGCCGCCUUCGUCGCGUACGAUUGACCCGAACAAGGUGCCGAUAAAACACGAACAAGCGCGAAGGCACGAAGACAAGACGUUCGUCAAGCCGGAGAGUGGUGACGUGAAAAGACACAGUGUUCCCGGACACGAUAGGAAUAGUAGUGUUUACUUAAACAAAUCGAUGAACUCUACCUCGCAGAAAGUCAAGUCGCCUUUCCCAGACGCAUCGAAGUCCGUCCCGAAGGCGGGCGCAGCGGCGACGGCGCCGCCGCCCCCGCCACCGAAGCAGCACCACCACAACGGCACCGCGACUGUUCCGUACGGUGCGCCGAUAAAGGAGGAGCUGCUGGUGAAGGAGGAAGCGCUGCCCAAAGAGGAGCCGCCUAAUCCCGUCAAGAAGCCUAGUCUCUUCUCACCAGAAAAGAGCCCCACGGAUGCCAAGCAGGACAAGGUGUCGCCGCUGGCUGUCAAAUCUUCAGACUCGUUCUCUUUUCCUGCACUGUCGCCGCUGGAAUCGCCGACGAACAAUUCGUCCAGUAAGAGAGCUAGGAAUUACUCGACCGGCUCGGAACCCGAGUUGAGGCCGGUCAUGCAGAAGAUCGAUCAAGUGGAAGGUUUCGAGAAUCUGAUGAGGGACUCGACGAUAGGCAUCAACAAACUUCACCAAAUACCUGAUAUAAUCACACCUAUAACGGAUGUCGUCAAACAAGAAGAACCUCCGCUUAGUUUUUCCAAAGACAUGAAGCCUCCAGACAUUAUCCCGCCUCUGUGUUCCGACAACAUAUCUCAGCCGCUGGUGAACGGCAUAGAGACUAACCCUAUGCUGAUCAGUAAUCUCCUCAAAGAAACGCCUUCAGUACCUCAACUACCGGUCGUGGUCAACUCGGUUCAGAAGACCGAACCUCCUCCUCCGACCGACGUCAAAGAUCACACACACCACAAAAGCAAAAAGAAAAACAAAGAGAAGCACAAGCACAAAGACAAGGACAAAAGUCGGGAGGAUAAAGAAAAGAAGAAGAAACACAAAGAUAAAGACCGCGAGAAGCAUAAACACAAAGAGAAGCACGAAACGGCCACCGAACCAGCCGAACCGAUCAGAAUCAAGAUACAAAAAGAUAAAAUCCAACCAGUGGCCAACCCUCUCAAGAUCAAGAUACCGAUACCAAAAGACAUUAAGACUGAGGCGAGUGGAGGGGAGAGCACCAACGUUCCGGCCGCUGCACCCAUGGCUCUGAAAAUCAAGAUCCCGAGGGAAGUCAUGAACAACUGCAACGAGGUAGAAAAGGGAAGAAAGAGGGAAAGGGAGCGCAGCAGUCCUGGAGAAGCUCCUCCGGCGAAGGUCGCCAGGAAUAGCGCUCACAAGGACUCGAAACAGAACGGGAGACAUUCGUACAAUAAGGUAAGCAACUAUAGUAAAAAUAGCGCGCCGCCCCCGACGACGUACAUGCCGCCGCCGCAGCUGUAUCAGCCGCAAAACAUGUAUUACUAUCCGGCGCAGAUGGGGGUGGUGCCGACUGCCGGUCAGCCCUAUAUUUACCCAGACGGGCAGAUGUACAAUUAUUACAAUGGGGGAUUUGCGUAUCCACCGGAAAUUUAUCAACAAGCGCCUCCGCUGCCUCCGGGCGGCUCCAAUCCUCCCUUGCCCAUGGACGCCCCGCCUGAUAUUCCACCCCCACCGCCCCCGGAGUAAAGUGGUUGUGAUUUGAACUGUUCGGAUGAUUUGUUCAUUUGGCAGGGACGAUACAGGGAUAUCUUAAGACGUUUCUUAGAAAAAUUGUUAGCUUAAGUAGCAAAAUGUCAGGUGUUUACCACGUGAUUCCUAAAAACACAAAAAAAUCAAUCUUACGGAAAUUUAUACUAAUUUUUUUUUGUAAAUAUGGCAUUGUCGAUUGUGAUUAAUGUAGCAGUGCAAUUUUUUAUGACUUCUUGUUUACUCUGUAAGAAUGUAUCGUGUUUGUUAUUUUUUUUUCUUAUGGUAGAUAUUAUUUGUUGAACUUAUGUCUGUGUAGUUUAUUUUGUAAUUUUUAAGCACUUUUUAUAGUCUUAACACACUCUUUUUUAUUUAUUGUCAAAUAAAAUAAAUCAACAUGAACGAUUCAUUUUGCCUAUUUUUUUCUGUACACGUGUUCGUAGUUUGUGCAUGUUUCAUUUCAUUUCUGUCUUUUUGAUGUUGUUGAUUUUAUGUUUCGUUGUUCACCACAUGAAGGAACAAUUCAUAUGUAGACUAACCAUGAAAUAAGUUGAGGAACGCUUUCGCUUUCCGCAACUGAAACUGGUUGGAGGACAGCUGAAUUGUUUGAUCGUUUUGCAUGACCAUGACUAACAGCUCCCUCUACUAACGUGACCAGCUUACGUGUGAAUGUUGGACCUAACAAGGUCGAUUACAUGGUUAUUUGGUGCUUUGCAGGUGACACAACUGGGUGAUGGCGUCCAUUCAUAGGUUGGUAUAUCAACGUUCAUCUUCGUAGUAAUUGCGACAAACGUUAACAAUCCCUUGAAAUAUUGUGUUAAAAUCAGCCUAAGUAUUUUGUAAAUAGUAGAAACACUUUUAUUUUAGAAAGAGUUUAGAUUUUUUUAUGUUUAUAUUAUGUAAUGGCUGAUUGCAAUACUGUUAACAAGUUACUUCUACUAUUUUGUUAAUUACUCAAUUAAAUUAUUUUGUAUGACCUCUCUUUUGUUAUUAAUAAACAAUCAAAAAGUUCAACAUUGUUUAAUUUUAUUUUCAAAAAGGGUGGAAUCGGCUCUGCGGGAUUCACAGGAUAUUGCAGUCGUGCCAUUAUUCCCCCUCAUUUUAACACGUUUUUGUUUCUUAAGAUCCGGUUCGGCCUAAUCUUGUAUAUUAGAUAGUGCCAAUUGACUGGUCACAGAGUAACAAUUGUACAGCAUUUUUGGUCAUUAGGUGAUUCAUGUAACAUUUUAAACAUCAUUCUCAUGUGGAACAAUAACUUUCCGUGUGACAUGUGUAUGUGUAUUUUUCUUUUGCUUUUUUUGGUUUAUGUUGCUUUUGUCCGACUGAAUUUUUUAAAAUGAGAAUCUAGUAUAGCCGAUACAUAAUUUUUCUCAAACCGAUGGACUGAAAUUCUAGGAUGUGUCGGAUUCUUGUAUACAAAAGUUAAAACGAAUUUAAUAAUUUUUAAGAGAAACUGUAAAUAGUCAAAUAUUUAUUUAAUAAGUAUUUAUUAUUUUGUUAUUAGUAUUAGUCUCCGAUGUGGAUACACGAGAAAUGACAAAUUUUAAAACUUGUACCUUUUAUGGGAAAACGAGUGUGUUAGGAGCAUUAUUUUAUAUUGUAUUAAAUAUACGUACCUAACUAUAUGAAAUUAAAAAUAUAUAAAGCAUUCAAAUAAAUGAAAAAAUAUACACACGAAUUUCAUAUUAUGUAAGUUAAGUUGGAAUGUUAUACUUUGUUGGGCUUACGCAAAUAAUAAAAUUUAUUACCUAAUCACUAAAAAAUGUUCGAUGAAAGUCUUAUGUAUAUAGUUCGUUCCACACGUUUACUGCCAACAAAUUUCCUGCAACUGUUAAUGCAUUCAUUGUUAUAAUAAUAAUUAAUAUUAUUAUUAUACCUUUUACUUACCUGAUAUUGUUCCGUUGUAUUAUAUAUUUUUUUAAUAUAAAUUUUGCAAAUACAACCCAAUAAUUAAUUCUUAGUCACUGUUAGUUUACCUCCUCGUUUAUUAAUUAGGUGGUGAACGUGUUUAAUAUAAGUAAAUAGACACGAUUUAUAUACUUAUUAUACUUCUCAACAAAACAUAGAAAAUAAAACCUAAUGCCUAACUGUCUCAAUGUCAACAAUAAAUUUUUAAAACCUUGAAA